AUGGCGCCUACAGUCGAGACGCUCAUCAUCGGCGCCGGGCCCAGCGGCCUUUGCGCCGCCAAGACCCUGCUCCAGCGUGACCCGGCCGCCGACGUGCUCAUCGUCGACGGCCGCGCGUCGGUCGGCGGCGUCUGGUCCCGGGAGCAGAUCUACCCGAACCUCAAGACCAACAACCUCGUGACGGCCAUGGACUUUUCCGACUUCCCGAUGGACUAUAAGCGGUUCGGCCUCGAGAUGAAGCAGCACGUGCCCGGCGCGGUGAUGCACGAGUACCUCGUCGAGUACGCCAAGCACUUUGGCGUGUGGGACAAGAUCCAGCUCAACACAAAGGUCGUGCGCGUCACGCGGCCCGAGGACGAGGGAGAGUGGCGCGUCGACGUCGAGGAGGCCGGCGGCGAGGCGAGGACUGUGACGUGCGCGCGCCUCAUCGUGGCCACCGGCGUGCUCACCGUCCCCCACGUGCCCGUCAUGGCCGGGUCCGAGGCGUUCGCGGCGCCGAUCGUGCACUCGUCCGACCUGGGGCCGCAGGCGCACCUGUUCGCGUCGCCGGAGAUCAAGACGGUGGCGGUCCUGGGCGGGAGCAAGUCGGCGUACGACGCGGUACACCUCGCGGCCUCGACGGGCCACAAGGUCCGGUGGGUGAUCCGGCGGUCCGGGCGGGGGCCGGUGUGGGUUGCGACGGCGUUCACGCAGCUCGGCCCGUUCAAGGUCUGGCGCGAGCGGCUCGUCACGCGGCGCAUCUGCGCCUUCAUGUCGCCUUGCCUGUUCCCGGACCUGUCGGGCCUCUCGUGGGUGCGGCGGUUCCUGCACGAGAGCGCCGUGGGGAGGGUCGUCAGCCGGACGUUCUGGAAGCUGAUCCGGCACGACACCAUCAACGACUGCGGGUACCAGACGCACGAGAAGACCAAGGUGCUGCAGCCCGAGCAGAACCAAUUCUGGUACGGUACCGCCUCGGGCAUCCUCAGCUUCGAGGACGACUUCUUCGAGUACGUCCGCAACGGCACGGUGCAGAUCUACCGCGAGGAUAUUGACCAUCUCUCGGACCACACGAUCCACCUCGGCGACGGAACGACGCUCGCCGCCGACCUGCUGGUGGCGUCGACGGGCUUCUCGGCGAAGCCGACCAUCAACUUCGAGCCGGCGUCGCUGCACUCGGACCUCGGCAUCCCGACGACGGCUGACGGCGUCAUCGGGAAGCGCUUCCCGCGGCUUCUGGACGGGCCGUUCCUCGACCCGUCGUCGUCCAAGACGCGACCGUUCCACCCGGGGGCGUCGUCCGAGGUCGCCUACACGCCGUGGCGGCUGUACCGAGGCAUCGCGCCGCCCGGGCUCGCGGCGCGGGACGACCGGACACUCGUGUUCCUCGGGGCGUUCAGCAACCUCGCCAACAUCAUGCGGCUCGAGGUGCAGUGCCUGUGGGCGCUGGCGUACCUCGAGGGCCGGAUCCCGUCGCUCGACGUGGACCGCAGGGCCGGGCGCGUGUUCGACGAGGCGGCGCUGCUGCAGCGGUGGGCGCAGUACCGGGCGCCGUACGGGCACGGCCGGUGCUACCCGGACCUGGUGUUCGAUCAGCUGCCGUACUGGGACAUGCUGCUCGGGGACAUGGGCGUGGAGACGCGGCGCAAGACCGGGGUCUGGGCCGAGCUGUUUGAGAGCUACGAGCCGCAGGACUACCGCGGCAUGGUGGCGGAAUGGAUUGCGCAGAACCGGUAG